CUUUGCCCAAUGAAAGUGCCCCCUCUUGCGACAACAGGCAGUAGUCGAGUAUACCCUCCAAAUACGCCACUGUUUGUGUUUGAGGAAUGCGGGGUGAGCGGUACCCGCUGCUGCGAGAGCUGUAUUUAGACACACCACCGCAUCGGCCAGACGUGCUAUUACACCAUUACACCUUGACCUCGCCAAGACUGACCAUGAAGAGAAGUCGGCAUCCAAGCAGCAGCGAAGAAGACUCUGAUAAUGGAAGUAACUCCACUUCCUGGUCCCAACAUUCUCAACCCAGGAGAGCCAAUGGGAAGAAGCCCUCAGAGGUGUUCAGGACAGACUUCAUCACGGCCAUGAAGCUCCAUGACACAUACCAUCUGAACCCAGAGGAUUACUACGUCCUGGCUGACCCCUGGAGACAGGAGUGGGAGAAGGGAGUCCAGGUCCCUGUCAGCCCUCACACCAUCCCCCAGCCUGUAGCCCGGGGAGUGGCCGAGGAGGGGAUGGAGGUGAUGUUCUCCAAGCCCAAGAAGUGGAUCCGUUCGGGGUGUUCAGGGGCGCUGGGGUACGUGGACAUCCAGACCCUGGCUGAGGGGACGUGUCGAUACGACCUCAACGACACUGACGUGGCCUGGCUGGAGCUCAUCAACCACCAGUUCUCUCAGAUGGGCAUGGUGCUGCUGGACGAGAUGACCAUGGAGAGAGUGAUGGAGGAGUUUGAGCGGCGUUGCUAUGACAGAAUGAGCCACGCCGUGGCAACGGAGGAAGGGCUUGGCAUCGAGUAUGACGAGGAUGUUGUGUGUGACAUCUGUCGGUCACCUGACAGCGAGGACAACAAUGAGAUGGUCUUCUGUGACAAGUGCAACAUCUGUGUUCACCAGGCGUGUUAUGGUAUUCUGAAGGUGCCAAAGGGAAGCUGGCUGUGUCGGACCUGUGCCCUCGGCAUCUUGCCAAAAUGCCAACUCUGCCCCAAGAAGGGUGGGGCCAUGAAGCCCACCCGCAGCGGAACCAAGUGGGUCCACGUCAGCUGUGCCCUGUGGAUCCCAGAGGUGAGCAUUGGGAACCCAGAGAAGAUGGAGCCGAUCACCAACAUGUCCCACAUCCCCAGUAACAGAUGGGCUCUGACCUGCUGUCUCUGUAAAGACCCAACUGGAGCCUGUAUACAGUGUUCAGCAAAGAGCUGUCGGACAGCGUUCCAUGUGAGCUGUGCCUUACAGAGCAGCCUGGAGAUGAACACCAUCCUGACGGAGCAGGACGAGGUCAAGUUCAAAGCCUUCUGCCCCAAACACUCCGGUCUGGAGGGAGAACAGGACGGAGAGGGGGAGGAGGGAAAGGAGGGGGCCAGAGACAAGAAGUGGAGGAAGAGUGACAGAGUUAGAGGUGAUGAAGUUCCGCCCCUCCCGACCCCAGCGCCCGUCCCGACCCCCCAGGAGGAGGUGAACCUCCGUCAGAUCAAACUCCAGCAGCUGGAGGAAGAGUUCUACCAGUUAGUUGACUUUAAGGAGGUAGCCAAUCACCUGCAGUUGCCCCCGGAAACAGUAGACUUCCUGUAUCAGUACUGGAAGCUGAAGCGCCGAGCCAAUCACAGCCAGCCGCUACUGACCCCCCAGAAGGAGGAGGAGGAGAGUCUGGCGAGGAGAGAGCAUGAUGUCCUCCUCCGCCGCCUACAGCUGUUCACUCAUCUCCGCCAGGAUCUGGAGAGGGUGCGUAACCUGACCUACAUGGUGACCCGGAGGGAGAAGAUUAAGAGGUCUCUGUGGAGGAUCCAGGAACAGAUCUUCACACACCAGGCCCUGCUGCUGGACCAGGAGAUCAUCAACGGGUGUCUGAACGACAGCGUGGUACUCAGUGUGGUUUCGGCUCCAAUGGCGGUGUUGGGAUACAGCGGCCUGAAGACCCAUAGGAGAGACCGAGGGAGGGGAGGGCACCGUAAAGGAGGCCUACAUCUACCACACAGUCUGACUGGGGGAGGCAGACACGUCAGAGGAGAGACAGACAACCAUACCAGAGGAGAGACAGACAACCAUACCAGAGGAGAGAGAGACAACCAUAGAUGGAAAGUAGAGAGAGCGGCAGAUUCAGAGUGGAGGGUAGGAGGAGCCUGA